CCAGAGGUCUGAACUUCUCAGAACGUCGACUGGAGAUGAGAUGAAGCCCAGAGCGGGAGGAUGUGACCGGCUCUGACUCUGCUGAAGUUCAGUUUGCUGGAGGCAUCAUGCUGGCCGCCGUCCUGCAGGGGGCGCAGUGGCCAGUGGUGGUUCUGAUGGUGUGUGUGCGGCUGAGUGCGGUUCGGGGCGCCACCUGCCCGUCCCGUUGCCUCUGCACGGCGGACAUCCUGAGCUGCCCGGCACUGGAUCUGGACCGGGUCCCCGCAGCGCUGCCGGCCUCCACCGCCACCAUGGACCUGAGCCACAACCGGAUCCAGCAGCUGGAGCCGGGCGGCUUCCAGGGGCUGCUGCAGCUGGAGGUGCUGCGGUUGGCCCACAACCAGCUGAGCGCCAUCCAGCCAGGCGCCUUCAGGAACUCCUCUGGACGCCUGAGACACCUGGACCUGUCGUCCAAUCAGCUGCUGGUCCUGAAGCAGAGCGACUUCCAGGAGCUGGCAGCGCUGGAGGAGCUGCUGCUGUUCAACAACCGGAUCAAGCACGUGGAGAGCACCGCCCUGUCCGGACUGACCGGCCUCCGGAAGGCCUACCUCAGCCACAACCGCCUCACCGACUUCCCCUUCUUCAGCAUCCAGACAGGCGGCCACAGGCAGCUGACCCUGCUGGACCUGUCCUCCAACCGGCUGCCCAAGCUGCCGCUGAUGGACAUCUCCGGUCUGCCGCUGACCCUGCAGGGGGGGCUCUAUCUGCACAACAACUCGCUGGUGUGUGACUGCGCCAUGUUCUCCCUGUUCCGGCUGUGGGAGCAGAAAGGCUUCGCGUCGGUCCGGUUCUUCCGGCAGGAGCACGUCUGCCUGGUUGCUGGAGUCCAGCGCAGCGGCAUCCGCUUUUUCCUGCACCGGAGAUACUUCGAGCGCUGCAACGUGACGGCGGCGCCACAGCAGGAAGCCAGUGUGUCGGUGAGGGCGGGGGCGCCGCUGCUGCUGCACUGCGUCACAUCUUUGUCCGGCCGCGGCGCCGCCUUUUUCUGGCUCACGCCGCAGCUGGAGUACGUGGCUCCGCCUGGGAACAACGGCUCCAUCAGGAUGUUCGCUAACGGCAGCUUGGCGAUGGCGGCGCCCCAAGAGCAGGACUCUGGGAUCUAUGUGUGCGUGGCCCAGGCGAGGCGGCUGAACGAUUCCCGGGAGGUCAACGUGACGGUGCUGCCGCGGCCGGCCUCUGAUGCCGCUGAGCCCUUCAACACGGGCUUCACCACCCUGCUGGGCUGCGUGGUCAGCCUGCUGCUGGUCCUGGUCUACCUGUACCUGACGCCCUGCCGCUGCCCGCCCUGGCCCAAGCCCCGCCCCCUGGCGGCCACCGCCCAGAGCCAGGGCAAGGAGGGCGGAGCGGGCAGCGCCCAGUCCUCCAUCCUCACGCCGACGCCGCCGGCGUCCACCGAGGGCCCCGGCCGCAAGGUCAGUAGCAACAAGCAUGUUGUGUUUCUGGAGCCAAUCAGAGAGCAGCAGAACGGCCGGCUGGGGGCGGAGCCUCAGCAGCGCGCCAGGGAGACGGACUCUUACAUUUCCAUCUCCCCCGACACGCCCAUCAUGUUGCCAUAGCGACAGGACUCUCAGAGCGAUGGCACAGCCCCUCACCACUUCCUCCCCAACACGCCCUUCCCUCACCAACAAUAAGUGCAAUUCUGACCCUGAAUCCUGUUAGCUCAGGUCCGACCCCUGAGCCCAGAACCGGCGCACUGUGACGGGUCAGAACCGGCCGAGUCCAGACCAAAGACAGAGCAUGAACCGCUGCGUCCCUUUAAGCACGGCCUGUCCCUUUAACUGCAGCACCGCCUUCCAGU